AGAAGGUGUCAAUCCAUGAAAAUAGCCACACUGUAAGCAAUACAGAACUUGAUAAAGUCAGAGAGAAAUUCAAAAUUUGUUAAGAUUCAGAAAAAUGUCUACCAACGAAGGAAAAGCUCCCAAGUGUGAAUUGGAUUUAACCAACGCCCGUCGUGCAGUUUGGCUAGUGAAGGUCCCAAAAUAUAUCGCUAAAAAAUGGGAGAAGGCUCAAAAUAACGCCGAAGUUGGCAAGUUGAGAAUAACUAAAACCCGUGGACAGAAGACCAAACUUACAAUGGCUUUGUCCGAUGCAACACUGAACAUAGACCCGCACGAAAAAAUCCCCAAGGAUCACGAGUUGCAGGUGUCAACUGUUACCAAUCAAAUGCUCGGUGUUUUUUCCCAUGAUAUUCCUGGUAGUGCCGAUGAAGUGAGCUCGGAAAAUGAAAAGCUUCUGCUUGAUGGUCGCAUCGUCCAGAAAAUGGAUUGUCGUCCGGUUGUGGAUAAUUGUUAUAUGAAACUUAAAUCGGAGUCGAUUAAGAAAGCGUCCGUCCCGGAGAGACGAGUGGUGAGACUUGAUAGAAUCGUGCAGAAUUUCAAACCUGUAAGCGAUCACAAGCAUAAUAUUGAACACAAGGAGCGUAAAAAAGCCGAAGGGAAGAAGUGUCGGGACGACAAGAAUGCUGUUUUGGAUCAACUCUUCAGUGCUUUCGAGAAGCAUCAAUACUACAACAUUAAGGAUCUGGUAAAAAUCACCAGGCAACCAGUUGGCUAUUUGAAGGAGGUGAUGAAGGAAGUCUGCGAUUAUAAUAUGAAGCAUCCCCAUAAGAAUAUGUGGGAGUUGAAAAAGGAGUAUCGCCAUUAUAACGCGGGAGAACAGAAUUGAAACGAACGGUUAUAGCUGUUCAGCGAAUCAAUUAGUUUUAGACCAUUGCUCGUUGUAACACCUUCAGUGUAUUUCUUAUGGAAACGAAUAUAUAUGUAAGAUUCA